AUGGCUGAACUUGCCAAUUCCAUCGCUGCGGACAUUCAGACUGCAUUAGACAAAGAUCAACUCGAACUGCCUUCGUUGCCCGAAGUUGCUCUGCGCAUUCGCGAAGAAGCCGAGUCUGAGUUUGUUUCUGCUGUUUCUCUUGCCAAAGAAGUGGGUGAUGACCCGGGACUCGCCGCACAGCUGGUGCGCAUUGCUAAUUCACCCAUGUUUCGCGCGACCCGCUCAAUUGACGAUUUGAGCCAGGCGAUCAGUCGCCUGGGUGUUGAUUAUUCUGCAAAUAUGGUCACAGGCCUGGCGAUGCAGAAUAUGUUUCAAGCCACCACGGAAUUUGUCGACAAUCGCCUGCGUGACGUAUGGAAAAAUUCAACAGAAGUAGCCGCCUGGAGCUCCAUUCUGUGCAAACGAUACACCCGUCUGCGUCCUGAUCAGGCCACCCUGGCUGGUUUAACGCACUGUAUCGGUAUUCUGCCCAUCCUCAGCUGGGUUGAGGAAAACGACAGCCUGGUGCGCGACAGCAUGACCCUCGAUCGGGUUAUUGAAAGUAUUCACCCCACCAUUGGCGGUAUGAUCCUGCGCCACUGGAAUUUUGCCGACGACAUCAUUGUUGUACCCGAGCACUACCAGGACCUUGAUCACCAGGCUGACGCUGUGGAUUACGUCGACAUUGUGUGUGUCGCCAACUGGCUGGUCCACCGUGACCACGACAAAUCCAUCCGCGAGCACGACUGGUCUGGCGCCUCCAGCCUGCAACGCAUCGGCUUCGACCCUGAAAUGGACGAGCUGGAAUUAGAAGGUCUGGUUGAACAGGUCAACGAAGUUAAAAACGCGCCUACCGUUGAUGGUAACCUGCGCUUUCUUUCGUUGAACAAGCCAUUUCCUGAAAUGAGUGACAGCUGCUGCAGUAAUCUUGAUGUGAGCGCCCUCGCUGCACGCCAGCGCCGAGUGCUCAUCACCGUACUGUGUAUCAACGUUGUUGCUUUUGUAAUUAUGGUUGGCGGCGCCUGGUUAAGUGGUUCCGUAUCGCUGUUAUCCGGCACGCUGGACAAUUUUGGUGAUGCCGUCACCUACGCACUCAGCCUGGCCGUCGUCAGCGCCAGCUGCUCAGCCAAAGCAAAAGUAGCCUUUUUCAAGGGUCUGCUGAUCCUGGCUGCCGCUGUUGCGGUGGCCGUGCAAAUCGCUGUCCAGCUCACAGACCCGCAAACGCCGAUAUCCUCGACCAUGGGACUUGCUGCGCUUUUGAACCUCGGUGCAAAUGGUAUCUGUUUAUGGCUGUUAACGCCCUUUCGGCACGAUGACAUCAACAUGUCGUCGGUGUGGGAAUGCUCACGCAAUGAUGUCGCAGAAGGUUGCGCUGUGAUCGGCGCUGCUGCUGCAGUCUGGGCGUUUAACUCACCCUGGCCAAUCUGCUUGAAAACAACUGCGAUCCGCAGUGAUAUCGUCACCACACUGGCGGCGGCUGGCAAAGAUACACCCUACACUGCAGACGCUAACGAACCUGAUCCCCGCUAUCUGGGUUACGGCGUACGCGCGCCACAGAUGAAAAUUCUGCUCUCGCAGUGGCAACCGACGUUUCGACAGCUCGACAAAUUGAUGCGCAAACAACAUGGCUGGAGCAAAAUUGAUGCCUAUGCGGGCUCGUUUCUAAAAUCCUUGCUGGGUGAGUAUCCAGAGGACAUGCUGGCAUUGACCCGGCUCUGGAGCCGUGAUCCUGAGCUUUGGCUACGUCGGGCCAGCGUUGUGCUGUUUACCCGGAACGUUGCCCGUUCAGGCACCUACAUUGAUCAUGCGCUGCAACUUUGUGAGACACUUAAACACGAUCCGGAAGAUAUGGUGCGUAAAGGCGUUGGCUGGUGCCUGAAAGAUCACCUGGGUUUCGACAAACCCCGGCUUAUCGACUACGUCACCCUGCUACGACAACAGAGUGUGUCCUCCACAGUGACCUUAUACGCGUUGCGAGGCCUCAACCGAGAUGAACGUCAAGCCAUCUUCAAUCGCGGCUAG